UCAAACAUCUUAGGAAAUUUAGUUUCGAAAUGGUUGAUUCUUUUACCAAAACGAAGAGUAAACUUCCCUCUUUCCGUUAAGGCACUUAUCGUGAGGAUUUUUCAUAAAUUUCUGUUUAUUUUUGCAGGCCAAAAUGGUCCAACGGCUGGUUUUCCGACGACGAUUGUCGUACAACACCAAAAGCAAUAGGAGACGAAUUGUCCGUACUCCUGGUGGCAAACUAGUAUACCAAUACCUCAAAAAACCCAAGAAGAUCCCAAGGUGUGGACAGUGCAAAGACAAAUUGAGGGGUAUCCAACCUGCAAGGCCACAAGAAAGGUCUCGUUUGUGUAGGAGAAAGAAGACAGUCAAGAGGGCAUAUGGUGGUGUACUUUGCCACAAGUGUGUUAAGGAAAAGAUUGUCAGGGCUUUCCUUAUUGAAGAACAGAAAAUAGUUGUUAAGGUACUGAAAGCCCAACAGGUUUCUAAGAAGAAGUAGAUGUUUAAUAAAGUUUGUAUGUAAUUUA